AUGUCACAUCACAAGAAGCGUGUGUAUCCACAGGCUCAGUUGCAGUACGGACAGGCGGUGGGGCAGGCUGGCUCGCCGGUCCUGCAGCCUAGCUAUCCGUCGCAGAUUAACACGCCUGUGGCGGAGCAGCAGCCUCAAUUCAUGACGCCUGCGCAGCAGCAAUUACAUCAGCAGAUUGACCAGGUUUCGCAGUCUAUGGGGGGCAUGCAGCUUCACAAUGUGCCGGUUAUGGACCCAAACGCGUACCAACAAGCUCCCGCGGUGCCACAGCCAGGGGUGCCAGCUCCAUACCAACAGCAGGCACCGGCUGCUAGUCCUGGGUUCAGCCAACCAGUGUCUGUGGGCAGGCCCAUGAAUCAGCUGUACCCUAUCGACCUCUUGACGGAACUGCCCCCUCCAAUUUCGGACCUGUCGUUGCCUCCUCCACCCCUUAUGGUUCAGCCAGAAAAAUUUGUGGUCCCUGUGGAAACGGCCAAUGCAUCUUCAGACUUCGUAAGGUGCACGCUCAAUGCGAUGCCUAAGUCCAAUUCGCUCUUGAAGAAAUCCAAGCUGCCUCUGGCCCUUGUUAUCAGACCUUACCAGCACCUGCAAGACACUGACGACACCGUGCCAUUGAACACCGACGGUCUAGUCGUCCGUUGUCGUCGUUGUCGUUCCUACAUGAACCCCUUCGUUACCUUCAUAGAAGGCGGCAGAAGAUGGAGGUGUAAUUUUUGUAACUUGGCCAACGACGUUCCAAUGGCCUUCGACGUCUCCCAGCAAGGUGUUCCAGUUAACCGCUACGAGAGGAACGAAAUACAGCAUGCCGUUAUGGAAUACUUGGCUCCAAAAGAAUACGCAGUGAGACAGCCACCCCCAUCGUCCUACGCUUUUGUGUUGGACGUCUCCCAAAAUGCGAUUAAGAAUGGGCUUUUGGCCACUGCUGCGAGGACUCUUCUCGAAACUCUCGAUUCGUUGCCAAACCACGACGAAAGAACAAGGGUUACGAUCCUUGCUGUUGACAAUUCCAUUCAUUACUUCUCCAUUCCAUUAGAUGAGGAGGGCGACCAUAUCAAGAUGCUUGAUGUUGUCGACUUAGAUGAACCAUUCUUACCAAUGCCAAGCUCCAUGUAUGUUCCCCUGAAAGGCUGCAGAUCCAAUAUUGAGAAGUUGCUUAAUCAGUUGCCUGAAAUCUUCCAAUACAACAUCAUGUCCAAGUUGGCAUUAGGCCCUGCCCUGAAGUCUGCAUUCAACCUGAUUAAGGGUGUUGGUGGUAAGAUCAUUGUUGUCGCCUCUACAUUGCCUAAUUCAGGCAUCGGGAAGCUACAAAGGAGAAACGAAACCAAUGUUGCGAAUACUGCUAAAGAAGCUGCACAAUUACUAGGCUGUCAAGAUGCUUUCUACAAAAAUUUCACAAUUGACUGCAACAAGAACCAGAUCACCAUUGAUCUUUUCUUGGCCUCUGAGGACUACAUUGAUGUUGCUUCUCUGUCAAAUUUGUCUCGUUUUACCGGUGGCCAGACACACUUCUACCCCGGCUGGUCUGCAGCGAAAUUGACCGACGUUACCAAAUUCACAAAAGAAUUCUCUAAGCACUUGUCAAUGGAUUUGUCUAUGGAGGCUGUGAUGAGAGCACGUGGUUCCUCUGGUCUGAGAAUGACGCGCUUUUACGGUCACUUCUUCAACAGGUCGUCUGAUUUGUGUGCUUUCCCAACCUUCCCAAGAGACCAAUCUUAUGUCUUUGAGGUCAGCAUAGAUGAGCAGUUAGUGCGCGACUACGCAUACCUACAAAUUGCAGUUUUGUUGUCGCUAAACACUGGCCAACGUAGAAUUAGAGUCAUCACUAUGGCUAUUCCUACAACAGACUCUUUAGCCGAAACUUAUGCUUCAGCUGACCAGUUGGCUAUCACUAACUACUUUACUCAAAAGGCAGUUGAAAAGGCUUACACAAACUUGGAAGAAGCUCGCGAAUACCUGAACAGAUCAGUGCAAGAGAUUUUGGCAACAUACAAAAAAGAAAUUGUUGUUUCUAACACGGCUGGUGGCGCCCCGCUGAGACUUUGUGCUAACUUGAGAAUGUUGCCUCUGCUAACGCAUUCUCUCACCAAACAUAUGGCAUUCCGCGCAGGACUUGUUCCUAGUGAUCACAGAGCUUCUGCUCUCAACUUCUUGGAAUCCAGCCCUCUUCCAUACUUGAUCAAGAACAUUUACGCUAAGGUCUACUCGCUGCAUGACAUGCCCGAUGAAGCCGGAUUGCCCGACGAAAAUGGCGAAAUUGUUCUACCAGAGCGUAUCAAUGCAACAUCGUCUUUGCUAGAGCGCUACGGUCUUUACCUGAUUGACAACAGUACUGAGCUAUUCCUCUGGAUGGGCGGUGAUGCUGUGAAUGAACUAACCAUGGAUGUGUUUGGCACACCUGAUAUCUUGGAAAUUCCAAUUGGCAAGCAGGAGUUGCCAGUUUUGGAUAACUCCGAGUUCAACAGUAGGGUGAGAAAUAUUAUCUCGAAGAUUAGAGAACACGACGACGUCAUUACUUAUCAACCUCUAUACAUUGUUCGUGGUGCUUCGUUGAGUGAGCCAGUCAACCAUGCAUCCGCGAGAGAGGUUGCCACUUUGAGGUUGUGGGCCAGCAGCACCUUGGUCGAGGACAAGAUCCUCAAUAGCCAGUCAUACCGUGAAUUCUUGCAAAAUAUGAAGACAAGGAUCACUAAAUAA